AUGUCCAAGGUACCCACUACACCUCGAUACCCAAUCGAGCCGGUGUCCAUUGCCACAACCGGAAAGGAUCGACGUACUUGUUUACAUCCUUCAAUGAUACAAUCUUCCGUGAAACCGGCCCUUCCUAUUAAUGCCUGCACCUCCGCUUCGUUGGAGCCCUCUUACGUGCUUCGAGCUAUCGGGGCGGAAGAAGAUUUGGCUCAUUCCAGCAUCCGAUUCGGAAUAGGUCGGUUCACUACCGAGGAAGAGGUGGACUUCACAAUCGAUCAAGUGGUCAUACAUGUGGAGCGACUGCGCGAAAUGAGGCUUCACGCUGCUUCUCUGGUGUCCACUUCUCCCGAACUACAUUCCGCUGAAAUUGGUGCUGGUCAGGGGAAAAAAACAACCGGUUCACCAUUCGUUGGAGAAGUGUUAACUGUGACCAAUAAUUCAGAUCACGUGCUCCGUUUAAUAUAA